GAUCCCCAACCAAACAACAAUAAAUUUGGUGCCAAUAAUUAAAUACACUAACCAAAAAAAGUUUUAAUUCAAAAAUCAAAAUAAAUAAAAUAAAGUUUCUUUUCUUUUCCCCACCCAUCCUUUCGUGCAGCCUCUCCUCUCCUCUCCUUUUCAAAAGCCUUAAAAUCUUCCUUCCCUCUCUCACCAUUAAUUCCAUAAAUCUCCUAUAAUUUUGAAUCCAACCCCAAAAGAAAAGAGAAAUUUACAUUCUUGUCUUGUCUUAUUUUUUCAGCAAUCAAAAAGGAAAAUGGUAAGGAAAAUGAAACUCCCAUUUCUAAACAAGAACACAUCAUCUUCAUCAUUUUCUUCAAAUUCAUCAUCUUCUUCCUCUUCGUGGCCAUGGCCUUCCUCUCAUCAACAAAACCUUAAAACAAUAUCUUCCAAAGCUUCCUUCAUCGUUAACAAACCUAAAGAUGUCUACGAACCCGAGCCACCACCGAGAAGCUUCUCCUCCUCCCCCUCCUCCUCCUCCUACUCUUCCUUCUCCUCUACAAGCCAUGCUAUAGAAAAUCCACCAGAGAUAGAGUCUAUAGAGAAUGUGAUUAAAGGACUAAAAUCAUCGAAGAGACUCAUCUUUGAACGGAGAGGAACAUCGAACUCUAUACUCGAAGAAGCUACCAAGAGAGACGAUCAUGAAGAAGAAGAGGACGGUUUAAUGCUCUUGUCCUUGGAGUCAAACGAUCCUUACACUGAUUUCAAGAACUCAAUGGAAAAGAUGGUUGAAGUACACGUGCUUCAUCAUGACUGGAUAAGCCUGGAGAAACUUCUCUUUUGGUUCUUGAAAGUCAACGUCAAGGCAAGCCAUAGAUACAUCUUCGCCGCCUUUGUCGAUUUGGUCUUAAACUUAGCAGUAGGGCCUUCUAAAGAUGUUGCUGGAGAACCUAAUUCCGACGUCGUCGUGGAGGAUUCUCUUUCAUCUUCGUGGCCGGUCUCGUUGUACUCGUCCUCCGAUGAGAAUUCGUCGACGUCCGUACGAUUCUUGCCGGAGACUUCGAUAGGCGAGAAGGGUAGAGACGUUUGUUGUUUAUCGUCGUUGUUUGAGUUAGAAGAAAAGAUUAAAGACAAUAUUGAUCCAAAUGAUUAUGUAUCUUCUUAAUUUCUUCAUUUGAUAACCUAUGGAUACUCAAUUCUUCUUUUUUUCGGAAUAUUAUGGAAGUAACAUCUAUUCCACGUGUACAUCUUUUGUAGCACGAGUCAUGUGCAGAAUAUCUUUUAAUUUAGUGUAAACUUUUUUCAACCUAAAAUAAAAGGCUAUUGAUCAACAAA